AUGCAAUUUAUCAGACUAGUCUUUGAUUUUAAAAUAAUUUGUAUCCUUUCCCUUUUUCUUCUGUCUCCAUGUUUCAAUCCUAUCUUUCUCGUUCCCAUUACUCUGUAUAUAAACAAUGAUCAUCUCCAUCUAAUUUACGCAUUAUUAUAUUUAAAAUAUUCUUCCGUUGCUCUCUAAUCAUUGUUGUUCUAAUUAUACAUUUCUUUCAUAUGCUGGUAUUUUCCACCAUACUUGUGAUGAGAACAGUGAUUCAGUGCAUAAUAGUCACCUUUGAUAUGCAGCCAUAAAAGGUUCGUCUGUUGUCUUCUUCAUGGAUAUGUUGGAUUCUUCAUUGCAAGAUUUUUAUGACCAGUACAUAUUUAUUGUUCAAGGUAAAUAGUAACUUUAAUAGAAGUUCAUGAAGUGCUUUCUAGAAACGACUGUGAGAGUUGCCAUUGGAACCUAUAUGGCAGGUACGAAAAAUGUCAUAAGUGCUUGCCAUGACUGUGAAGUGGAACGACUCAUCUAUAACAGUUCUGCGGAUGUGGUCUUUGAUGGUGUACAUGAUAUAUUCGUUGGCAAUGAAUCUUUGCAAUAUCCGUAUAAAGUAUGUCUUUAUUGAGGUUUAGUAUUGAUGCAUACCAAUACACUUUAUAAUUUUUUUCAAAUUUUGUAAAGACAAGUAGUCAUUCUUGUGAUGUGUGGACUAUAAUGCAGUUUGAAGAUGUCUUGUGUGAUUUAAAAGUUCAUGCAGAAGCAUUGAUCCUGUCUGCCAAUACUGCUGAUGGCUUAUCGACAUGUGCUCUGCGACCAUGCAACCCUUUUGGACCUGGAGACUCAUAUCUUGUACCAUCUCUUGUCGACGGAGCUAAAUCUGCCUGGGCAAAGGUCUGGAAACUGUUGUACACCAACCUUAGUUCGUACCUGUUUUUACUAGUCUUGUGUCGACUUUCACUCGGUUGUACUUAGUUGGAAUCAUCGAAUCUCAUUUUAUCUAUUUCCUGCACGCAAUUUCAGUAUUGAGGUGACUGAUUGCUCUUCACUGCAUGAAUUCAGGAAAACUUGUAUUUUUUUUCAUAAGUUGACAAAAACAAAUGGUUGUUUAAGAUUAGUAGAUUGCAUAAUCUACUAACCAGUGCUGAAAUAAGCUUUUGAGAACGUGCGGAAGGAAACUAUUCAAUGAAAGUCUAGUAGAUUGCAUAAUCUACUAACCAGUGCUGAAAUAAGCUUUUGAGAACGUGCGGAAGGAAACUAUUCAAUGAAAGUCUAGUAGAUUGCAUAAUCACUGGAGGUUCAUCUUAGUAGAAACUGGAGAGGUGUAUGACACCCUUGUAUUUUCCUUUUCUUUUUGUUGGUUUUAUCUGAAGUUAUUGAGCGCUAAUCUCACUAAGUAGCAAAAGCAUAUCGUGAAAGAUGGAGGCUUUUCAAGCUUCUGGGAAUGUGAAAUGGUAAAUUUUUGUGCAUAAGCGUCUCCAGUUCAUAGAAGUAGGUGCUUCAAACAAAAAAGAAAAGGCAAAUCAAAUGGUAUCAUAUCUCCAUAAUGUCCGAAGACUAGAAUGGGAGAGAAACUGGAACUGUUUUCCUCAAGUUGGUCAGUGCACUAUUUUGGAACGAACGUUGUAACAAUAUAUUUGCGACUUUAUAUUCUCCUAGUCCCCUGGUCACCAUUUGGGAGCGGGUAGAGAUCAAUUGACGGAGCAACUAUAAGAAGAAAACAGAAGGAUCCAGAUAACAAGCCGUGAAGACAGAAAUCUUAUUAAACAUGGAUUUGAAAGAGUCAGGUGUUUGUGUUUAGUGAAUCAAGGACCUAAUUUUAUACAUUCAAGUUUUUUAUAUCAUAAAUUUUGUUUAAGCCAUUGAUUUUUGAUUUAUUUGAGAAAAUCGAGAUCUUUGGAUCAUCGGUUUUGUACUUUCCUGAACUACUUUUAAAUAGAAUUCUGUAUUAAGUUAUGCUUUUGAAACAUAAGAAACUGUUCGACGAACUUAAAGUUUCACUCAGGAUUUAUUUUUAUGCCAAUCUCAACUAUGUGACUUACUAGUAAUGUGACUUUUAAUGUACCCUACUAGAUAAGGUGGAUGCAUUAAUGUUCUAAUUGUAGGGUAGUUCUUGAAACAUUCUUACAGGACUUGUUUCCAGAAAAAUAAGCAUCCUCGCCAGAAUUCCCUCAGCCAUCCUAGAAUAUCUCUAUUCUGAUGUCUAUGCUACUACAUGAACUUCGUAAACCCUAAUCUUGGCUGUAUCUGUACGUUCUUUCAGUAUUUAACGAUAUUUUUAGCUAUGAUGCCAUUUACUAGUAAACAAUUCAUUCUCUCCAUAUUUGUGCCUGCGCUUGCUUUACCAUUUCUAUAUGAUCCAUGCAGAUGCUAUUCUGCAUUUGCACACAUGUAGCAAUCUAAACGGAAGAAAUGUUUCCAUUUUUAGUUUUUCAUUGGGACUGGCUCAAAUAUGUGCGAUUACACCUACGUGGAGAACAUUGCUCACGCCCAUAUGUGCGCGGAGAAUGCUUUACGCUGUCGCAUAGCUUCUGUUGCUGGAGAGGUAUCACAAUCGUCCGAGUGUUCCUUUAGGAUGGCAGCCACCUUCUUGACCCUUUCUUAUUAACAAAUCUCUUAUUAAAUCCUAUCUUAACUUUUACAGCCCUUCUUCAUCACUAAUCUUCAACCAAUGAAGUCCGGAGAUUUUGCAUCACUCCUGCUCAGUGAUCUGGGAUUCCCAAGGUAACUUUCCCAAAUAUAGGAAUGGUAGGUUUUCAUGGGUAUCUUUUUUUCCCCCCUUUUCCUGAUACGGUCUUCUAUGCAUGCUUUCAGGUUCAGUUUCCAUCUUCCUCUCAGGCUGGUCCUGUUGAUUUUAAUGCUCGUCGGAUGGGUUUGUAAAACGCUCGUCUACCCACGCACGAGAAUCUCUUUUCUCCGCUCAUUCUUCUGCACGAGGACAUUUGACUGUUCGAAGGCUCAAAAACAUAUCGGUUACUCGCCGAUCAUUUCCUUGGAGGUCAGUGAGCUUCUCAAAUACCUCUCCCAAUCUGUAUUAUUCAUAAUAUUGUGGUUAUUUUUCCAAAGUUUUGUGGUCAUCAUAGACUGUUGAUCUUCGCGUAAUGCCAUGAUUUCUCUUCUCGUCCAUUCCUGCGGGUGCAUAUUAUUUCCGAUUCAUUCAUUUCGUCUCUUGCUGAUCACCUAAUUUUUCAGGACGGCAUUGCGCUGACGACGGAAUCAUUCCCCCAUUUAGUGAAGGAUUCUCCUCACUCGAGAGAAUGCGACCUCACCAGAAUCUCAAAAGUGGAAAAGCUUUUCGGCUCUGGCAAAGGUGAGUUGACUGAUCAUAUGUGAUUCAUCUGCCUUCUGUCUUCUUCAUCUCGCAGCAUUCAUGAAAAUGAUCUUUUUUAAUGCUUACUUGAUCUUCUGGAAGCAUAGUCAAUCAAUAUAAUUUCCAUAUAAGUACUAUAAAAUGAUAAAUAAAAAAUUCAGUGGGUUAUAGUGGUUGACUUUUGUCACACUUCGGUGUUCUUGCAGUCACAGAUAUACUAUUAUGGCGAGAUGAAAAGAAGACUUUCAUUUGCGCCCUGGGGCUGUUCCUUCUGUUCUACUGGUUCCUUCUCUCUGGAAGAACUCUCGUCACCGCCACGGCAGAGCUUCUCUUUCUGGCUUCGGUGAUCCUUUUUGGCUUCUGCCACCUGCCUUCUUCUCUGUAUGCACCACACUAAUGGCGCCAAGUCUUUGUAUCCGUCUCUCUCUUCAUGCUCGGAGCUGAAUCCGGCGUUUCCCGCAGGCUCGGUGCCGGCAACGAGAAGAUCUCCCCGUCCUACUUUGCAGCGCCGGAGACGUCUGUGAGGGCUGCCGUCGCUUCGCUGUCGUCUCUGUGGAACCGGGGGGUUCGCACCGUCAGCCUGCUGGCUCGAGGAGAAGACGCGAGCCUUCUUUUCAAGGUGAGGGGGGGUGGGUUUUGCCGGCGGUCUUCUCUCCCUUUGCCGAAAAUAGAAACCCACCUCAGAAGCUUCCUUCUCUUGCCCGUUGAUGCAGGUCGGCGCCGCCUUGUGUUUCUUCAAGCUGUUGUUGCGGCUCUCCCCAGUGACACUGAUCGGCGCGGGUAAAAAAAGAAAAAAAAGAAAAAAAAAAGAAAAAAAAGAAAAAAAACAUCUUUCGUCGAUUUUUGCUGCUUAUAGACCUUGCCGUUGACUUGAGGGGAAACGGGUCGCCGCAGGUUUGGUGAGCCUGUUCACCGUGUUCAUCAUCUACGACCGGCACGAAGACCAAGUCGACGCGUUCGUGAGAAAAGCCGCCGCCAGGUUCAGCAAGGCCGGGGGCUUGCUCCUGAGAAAUUUACGCAGCGCACAGCGGAGAGGAGGGGGUUGA